CCUCUCGCUCCGUGCUGGGGCUGGAGGGGCCGGAGCAUCAGCAAGAGUAGCUGCUAGCAGCCGCGGCGGCGGCGCGUUGUUGCAGUUGCGCCAUCUGUCAGGAGCGGAGCCGGCGGGGAGGGGGCUGCGGGAGAGGAGGAGGGGUCCCUGGAGCCGAAGGCCGCCGAGACCCGCCCGCUGGCCGGCCGCAGGAGCAGAGGCGAGGCUGCGCGCGGAGCCGGCGUCCUCCGCCGUCCGGCGCGCACGGAGGACUCCAGGGCGCACACAAAGCCGCCGCCCGCGCCAGGGAGGGACCCGGCAGCCGGGCCGGGGACACCGGCGCCGCCCCCUCGGCUUCCUCGGAAGGCCCGCGGCCCCCGGGCCCGCGUGGAGCUGCCGGAGCCGCCUGGCCGCGCCGGAGGAGGGCGGGGAGAGGACCAUGUGCCUGGGCUCCGGAGCGGGGCACCGCGCAGUUUUCUGAAGAGGCAGGAUGCUGAUCUAGAUGUGGAAAAAGACCAGUCCUGCUGCUGUUUUAGAAGACAUGUGGUGCAUAUAAAGUCUGUGGUAGUUGGCGGAAAUUUAGAAUUUAGAUAAUGGGCUGUGUGCAAUGUAAGGACAAAGAAGCAACAAAACUGACAGAGGAGAGGGAUGGCAGCCUGAACCAGAGCUCCGGGUACCGCUAUGGCACAGACCCCACCCCACAGCACUACCCCAGCUUCGGUGUGACCUCCAUCCCGAACUACAACAACUUCCACGCAGCGGGAGGCCAGGGGCUCACCGUCUUUGGAGGGGUGAACUCCUCGUCUCACACUGGGACCUUGCGUACGAGAGGAGGCACAGGAGUGACACUCUUUGUGGCUCUUUAUGACUAUGAAGCACGGACAGAAGAUGACUUGAGCUUCCACAAAGGAGAAAAGUUUCAAAUACUGAACAGCUCGGAAGGAGACUGGUGGGAAGCCCGCUCCUUGACAACUGGAGAGACAGGUUACAUUCCCAGCAAUUAUGUGGCACCAGUUGACUCCAUCCAAGCAGAAGAGGACUUGAUUCACCAGAAGAAGGGUAGAAGAAAGUCAGCCAAUGCCGAGCGACAGCUUCUGUCCUUUGGAAACCCAAGAGGUACCUUUCUUAUCCGCGAGAGCGAAACCACCAAAGGUGCCUAUUCACUUUCUAUCCGUGAUUGGGAUGAUAUGAAAGGAGACCAUGUCAAACAUUAUAAAAUUCGCAAACUCGACAAUGGUGGAUACUACAUCACCACCCGGGCCCAGUUUGAAACACUUCAGCAGCUUGUACAGCAUUACUCAGAGAGAGCCGCGGGUCUCUGCUGCCGCCUAGUAGUCCCCUGUCACAAAGGGAUGCCAAGGCUUACCGAUCUGUCUGUCAAAACCAAAGAUGUCUGGGAAAUCCCUCGAGAAUCCCUGCAGUUGAUCAAGAGACUGGGAAAUGGGCAGUUUGGGGAAGUAUGGAUGGGUACCUGGAAUGGAAACACAAAAGUAGCCAUAAAGACUCUUAAGCCAGGCACAAUGUCCCCGGAAUCAUUCCUCGAGGAGGCACAGAUCAUGAAGAAGUUGAAGCAUGACAAGUUGGUCCAGCUGUACGCGGUGGUGUCUGAAGAGCCCAUCUACAUUGUCACCGAGUAUAUGAACAAAGGAAGUUUACUUGAUUUCUUAAAAGAUGGUGAAGGAAGAGCUCUGAAAUUACCAAAUCUUGUGGAUAUGGCAGCACAGGUCGCUGCAGGAAUGGCUUACAUUGAGCGCAUGAAUUAUAUCCACAGAGAUCUGCGAUCAGCAAACAUUCUAGUGGGCAAUGGACUGAUCUGCAAGAUCGCUGACUUUGGAUUGGCCCGGCUAAUUGAGGACAAUGAAUACACAGCGAGACAAGGUGCGAAGUUCCCCAUUAAGUGGACGGCCCCCGAAGCGGCGCUGUAUGGGAGGUUCACAAUCAAGUCUGACGUGUGGUCUUUUGGAAUCUUACUCACAGAGCUGGUCACCAAAGGAAGAGUGCCAUACCCAGGUAUGAACAACCGGGAGGUGCUGGAGCAGGUGGAGCGCGGCUACCGGAUGCCCUGUCCACAGGACUGCCCCAUCUCUCUGCACGAGCUCAUGAUCCACUGCUGGAAAAAGGACCUGGAAGAGCGCCCCACUUUUGAGUACUUACAGAGCUUUCUGGAAGACUACUUUACCGCCACGGAGCCCCAGUACCAGCCUGGGGAAAACCUGUGAGAGCCGGUCUGCAGAGGCCUUGUCCCAGAGGCUCCCCGCCCCUACCCAUUAGCUUUCAAUUCUGUAGCCAGCUGCCCAGCAGCGAGAACCGCCCAGGAUCAGAUUGCAUGUGACUCUGAAGCUGAUGAACUUCCAUGGCCCUCAUUAAUGACAUUUGUCCCCAAAUCCAAACCUCCUCUGUGAAGCAUACGAGACAGAACCUUGUUAUUUCUCAGACUUUGGAAAAUGCAUUGUAUCGAUGUUAUGUAAAAGGCCAAACCUCUGUUCAGUGUAAAUAGUUACUCCAGUGCCAACGAUCCUAGUGCUUUCCUUUUUUUAAAAUGCAAAUCCUAUGUGAUUUUAACUCUGUCUUCACCUGAUUCAACUAAAAAAAGUAUUAUUUUCCAAAAGUGGCCUCUUUGUCUAAAACAAUAAAAUUUUUUUUCAUGUUUUAACAAAAACCAAUCAGGACAGGUGUUUUUUUUUUCUUUUUUAUAAAUAUGAAUCUAUAUAUUAUAUGUCCCUGUAGAUAAACCAAGUGGGUGCUAUGUGGAGCCGUGGUCAGCCUGGGCCUUGAAGCUGCAGGACACAGUGGGAGGAUUUUUACCUGCAUCAAAGCACUGGUGUUAUUCGGAAAUCCAGCAGCCUCGAUUUUGUUUUGUUUUUACAAGGCAUGAUUGCUUUUGCUUUUUCUUUUUGUUCAUUUAAAUUGCACUUCUUGCGUUCACAACUAUACUAGGUGGUUAUUACUUUGACUCUUUUCAGGAACCCUUGAGCUGAGUUCAGAGGUUCUGUUGCCAGUGUUUGCUCCAACUUGCUUCAAUUUGUUCUUGAAACUUAAAAGCGAGUGUAUCUAAGCAAGCGUCCAAUCCUGCCAAGAGAACUGGAAGAUGGAUACCACACAAACUUCUUGUAUAAGAAUACGAAUGCCGAAAUGUUUCAAAUGUUUUUUUAUUUAAUAAAUCUUGUAACCACAUUUAAAUGGUCUAAAACCCACAGUAUUGUAGUCUUGGCAACAUACUAAACUUUCUCAUGCAACUAAAAUUUAUGGGGAAGGUGGGGGGGGGGUUGUACAUGUCCCUUUGUAAAAUAAGUGUUUUAAAUGUCCUGUACUGCCAAUGAAUGACUUUAUAUGUUCAAGAGUUCAGUGGAAUAACUAUGCACUACUUUACAUUUCAUGGGGAUGCACAAAAAAAGUAUUACAUUUUUAGUUGCUGUUUGUACCAACCUUGAAUUACAUGUUUAACAACAACAAAUCAAAAAUGCGAUUUCUAUUGAGUUUUUAAUACCAAGUAGCAACCCUGGAGUCUUAACUCUUUUUUGUUAUGAUUUAUUUGUGAGUUUACAUUUUUAAAUUGUUUAACUUUCUUAAUUUAGUAAUUAAAAGAGA